AUGAAGGUGGGAAUAAACGGAUUAGGAAGGAUAGGAAAGUUGGUAUACAGGAUUCUAAGGGAGAAAGGUGUAGAGGUGCCUCUUGUGAAUGACCCUCUUUUGAAGCCGGAGCAGGCAGAAUACCUUUUGAAGUACGAUAGUGUCUUUGGAAGAUGCAAGGAGUGUAAGGUUGAGGGAGGAAAGAUCCUAUACAAAGGAAAAAAAACAAGCUUGUCUGCCUUUGAUAGGCCUGAGAAGAUCCCAUGGACGGAAUAUGGAGUGGAUGCAGUUGUCGAAGCCAGUGGGGUGUUUACAACACUGAAGGAUUGCGAAGGCCAUAAGGACGUCAAGAUUGUUGUGAUUACUGCGCCAAGCAAGGACGCACCUAUGUUUGUGUACGGAGUCAACCAUCAAGACUAUGUGUCCCAAAGGAUCAUCAGCAAUGCGAGCUGUACCACCAACUGCUUGGCACCCCUUGCCAAGAUUGUCGACGACAACUUUGGAAUUGUGGAGGGACUGAUGACUACAGUUCAUGCAGUGACAGCAACACAAAAGAUUGUUGAUGGAGUUGGAAAGUGCCUGAGAAGCGGGAGGUCAGGAUUGGCCAAUAUAAUCCCUGCAAGCACGGGUGCAGCAACUUCCGUGGGAAAGGUAAUUCCCUCUCUUGCCGGGAAAUUGAACGGAAUGGCAAUGAGGGUCCCUGUUGCAAAUGUUAGUGUGGUCGACCUUGUCUGCAGAACAAGGAAAGAGACAACCAUCGAGGCCAUAGUGGAUGCCAUCGAAAGGUUCUCGGAAAGCAAUGAAGGGAUCAUAGGAACAACAAAGGAUGAUGUUGUAAGCUCCGAUUUCAUUGGAGACUCGAGAAGCUCGGUGUUUGACAUUAAUGCGAGCAUCUCGAUAGGACCCAAUUUUUUCAAGCUCAUCAGCUGGUACGACAAUGAGUAUGGAUAUUCAUGCAGAGUGUAUGACUUACUAAAGUAUGCAUAUUCAAGGAAAAAAUGA